AUGGGUGUCCCAGCUCCAUCUAAGCUUCAAUUAGCCCUGGCUUUGACGCUUGUCAAGCACAAGCCCCCAGAGCGAGACCUCAAAGACUACAUCUUGGAAGUUCGACAUUUCAUUAAGUAUUCCAAAGAUCAGGGUCAUGGUGGUUCAAUGGACAAGUUCUUCGACAGCGUCUCUUUCUGGCAACAGGCCUAUGAACAGUCAGAGGCAAAGCAGAGCAAAUUGCAAGAUCAGGUCCACGAGCUUCAACAGAAGAUUGAUGAUCUUGUCUGGAAAUUGCGAGUACAGGACACUGGUGGCCUCGAAACCACCCAGGCCAACAAACGCAAGGCGCCGUUCGCUGGCACAAACGCCGGUAGUCCAGAUGAAAUCAACAAGCGCGUGAGGCUACCAGGCGCUCCCAAGCAAGCAUAUUCAUUGAUGGACAGUAAUGGACCCGGUGAUGAAAAUACUUUGUGUAUCAACAGACAGAUAUACACGCUCCAAAAAGCCCUCCAGAAAAGGCCCACCCCUUCUUCGCUUGGAAGCUUGGCCACAGCCGCAGUUAUUCUAUGCAAGUCCGCAGAGCAGAAACUGAUCCUGAUGGCCCAAAACACGAGCUCGGCACAGCAUACUCAGAGAGAAAUUGCGGAGUCGACCACACCAGAGACCGAAGCGAUCUUCAAUGGAGUGACACUUGCUUUUCAUCUCGUGCACAAGUCAUUGAAAAAACUUGCUGCAAACGAGAACGGAAAACAACACCAGGCUCAGGUCACCUACUACUUGGUUGGCUUGUUCGAGUCCAUCAUGACAGCACUUACCUUGCGUUGCACCUGGCUUUCCAACCAAAGCAACAAAGACCAAGAUACAGUCGAUAUGGAAGCACUAGCAUCUCACCUAGGAGACUUGCUCUGCACAAUGGCACUUUCCCUGGAUCUGGCACGCUUGGCGGACCAAGAAGUGAUGGAAGGAUUCCUCUUCCUUCUCCUUCGUCGCAUUGGAAAUAUGCUGGCUCUUCAUGUCUUUCAUGAUAUCAGACUUCCCAUGGGUGUAUGUCCGGGCAUGUCAUUCCCCGAAGGUCUAGAGAAAAUGACAGACGAAGGUCUCACGCCGAGUCAAGCGCAGAUUGAAACCAGAUAUCUCGUCCGGCUUCUCGGCAGAAUAUUUGAUGUUGAGCCCCACCCAUCCACGAAAGCUUUGGCUUUUAGCCAAUUCGUUACAAACGCUAAGGAUCGGUUGCAAAAAACGCUUCUACGAGCCGUUUUUGGGUCUGAUGAACACAUGUUUCAGGAGGUCUUGCGACGCCCGAAAACACCACCUCCACUUGAUGGGUUGCCAACGGAGCAGGAGAAAUUUACAGACUGGCUGACGCAGGAGCUGUGGCGUUUGGUUGGCUGGGAUAUGCUGAAGACUGUGUUUGUUUCCAAAUGA